AUGCUGCCUGCCCGGGAAAAUUCUUCAUCGAAGAGCGAGUCGCCCGUUGUCUGUGUCUUCUGUGCUUCCUCACCGGGAAAGGAUCCUAUCCAUCUCGAAUCUGCACGUUCACUUGGUCAAGCUCUCCAUGAAGCGGGCUACAAACUCGUCUAUGGUGGAGGCACGAUGGGUAUUAUGGGCGAAUUGGCCAAAACUCUGGUUUCCUUGUCGGGUUCCAAGGCAGUCCACGGUAUUGUCCCUCGUGCACUGAUCCGCUCGGAGAAAGACACGUCACUUCGCGGCGAGACCGGUCGUUACGGUUCAAGAAAGGUAGAGCGAACAAUGUCUUCAGAGGAAUUGCGACGCAUCGACAGCAAUGAGGAUCCCGACAGCAAAAUCGUCCCCGAAUCCGAAUUUGGCGCCACAACAAUCGUCCCGGAUAUGCAUACUCGCAAGCGUAUGAUGGCUCAUUCUGUUGAGGCAGGAGGUCCAGGUUCAGGUUUCGUCGCACUGGCUGGUGGUUAUGGAACGAUUGAGGAGGUGAUGGAGAUGGUCACUUGGAAUCAACUAGGUAUUCACACAAUCCCAAUCGUCCUUGUCAACAUCAAUGGGUAUUGGAACGGACUGCUCGAUUGGGUAAGAAACAGUAUCAGAGAAGGCUUUGUGAGCGAAGGAGCUGCCAAUAUAUUGGUCGAGGUCAAGAGCACCGAUGAUGUCGUUACCGCAUUGCGAGAUUACCAGCUGGCACCGGGGAGAUUCAAGUUGGACUGGUCUCGGUAG